UCAUGGGAAUAAUAGUAAAAUGGAGGUGCCCGUAUGGCAUGCAUGACUUUAUACAUGUCGACGCUUUAAAACGUGAAUUUCGAUUUGUCUAUAGUUAAUGAACAGCUAUUAAUGCGUCCCUUUGUUUUGUAUUAGAUUUUUAUUAUCAUAUUAGCUUGACGACAACAAGGUCAUAAAGACGUGCAACGCUUCAGGUGAGCCAUGUCUCUGUUGAGAGGGUGGCUGAAGGCUGGGGUGUCUCUUUGCCACUCCACACUACAAACAACCAGACAGAUAGGCACUGGUGUGUGCUGUCCAGUCCGUAUGAAUGCCAUUCCUGAGCUGAAGAAGGUGGACAGGUGGACUGAGAAGAGGAGCAUGUUUGGGGUUUAUGACAACAUAGGAAUUUUAGGUGACUUCAAAGCCCACCCUAAGGAUCUGAUCGUCGGGCCGGUCUGGGUGAAGGGUUUCCGUGGCAAUGAGCUGCAGCGUCUGACGAGGAAGAAGAGGAUGGUAGGAGACAGGAUGAUGACACAGGACAAACAUGACAUGGAGAAGAGGAUCCGCUUCCUCUAUCGACACUUCAACCGCUUUGGGAAACAUCGCUGAUCUGAUCUGGGACUGAGCGGUCUGGCUAACAAUGCUAAACGACUCCUGUACUAACAACCUGCCCACUGGACCACAUUCAGACUCUAAAGAGAGAAAUGUGAGUUACUCAAUUAUGCCACUUAGAUUUAUAUCAGCCCCUUAUUUUCACCAUUUGGUAAGAGAAAGCUGAUUGUACAUUUUCUGUUAAGUUGACAGCUGGAAAAUGUUGGAUUCAUUUAGUAUUGUUAGCACUAAAUCAACACGCACAUCUGUAAAAUACAGGUUUUGAACCACACAAAAAUGUGAUGCUCUAUGGUCGGUUAAUAUUAUCACAUUUGGGGACUAAUGUAAGUCAUGUUGUGGGUAUACCAUAUGUGUUGUGUAAGAUGAUAAUAAACAGAAGCUCAUUCA